CUCCCAACACAUUUGAAAUAUGUGUUUUUGGGGAACAAAGAGACACUACCGGUCAUUAUCUCAAACAAAUUGACCGGAGAACAAGAAGGCAAGUUGAUAGCAGUGCUCAAGGAGCAUAAACUAGCAAUUGGAUGGACUAUAGCCGACAUCAAAGGCAUUAGUCCAUCUACUUGCAUGCAUCGCAUCUUAAUGGAAGAUGAAGCCAAGCCGGUACGACAGCCGCAACGAAGACUAAACCCACCUAUGAUGGAGGUGGUCAAAAAGGAGGUGAUCAAACUACUCCAAAUGGGGAUAAUCUUCCCCAUCUCCGACAGCAAAUGGGUUAGCCCAACCCAAGUGGUUCCAAAGAAGACCGGAGUCACGGUAGUGGAAAACAAACAUGGAGAACUUAUGCCCACCCGAAUUCAAAAUGGAUGGAGGGUAUGUAUAGAUUACCGUAGACUCAAUGCGGUAACUAGAAAGGAUUUCUUUCCUUUACCCUUCAUCGACCAAAUGCUUGAGAGACUUGCCGGGCAUAAGUUCUAUUGCUUUCUCGAUGGCUACUCCGGGUACUUUCAAGUGCCUAUAGCCCCUGAAGAUCAAGAGAAGACCACUUUCACUUGUCCAUUUGGUACUUUUGCAUACCGGUGCAUGCCAUUCGGACUUUGCAAUGCCCCGGCCACAUUCCAACGAUGCAUGAUGAGCAUAUUCUCUGAAUAUGUUGAGCUAUUUAUGGAAGUCUUUAUGGAUGAUUUUACAAUCCAUGGAGACUCAUUUGAUUCAUGUCUACUUCAUCUAUCUCUUGUUUUGAAGAAUUGUUUAGAAUCAAAUCUUGUUCUAAACUCUGAAAAAUGUCACUUUAUGGUGGAGGAAGGAAUUGUCCUAGGCCAUGUGAUUUCGUCCAAAGGAAUAGAGGUGGACAAAGCAAAAGUGGAGGUUAUCCAAUCACUACCUUAUCCUACCACCGUUAAAGAGAUACGAUCAUUCCUUGGACAUGCAGGUUUCUACAGGAGGUUCAUCAAAGAUUUCUCAAAGAUUGCAUCUCCUUUAUGCACACUUUUGCAAAAGGAGGUGGAGUUCAUAUUCUCCGAGGACUGCAAAAAGGCCUUCAAUGCUUUGAAGGAGAAAUUAGUAACCGCACCUAUCAUCCAAGCCCCGGAUUGGUCUCUUCCCUUUGAGAUCAUGUGUGAUGCUAGUGACUAUGCGGUCGGGGCCGUUUUGGGCCAAAAGGUGGGAAGAGCAUCUCAUGUGAUCUAUUAUGCAUCCACCACACUCAAUGAUGCCCAACGCAACUACGCCACCACCGAAAAAGAAAUGUUGGCCGUCGUUUAUGCGCUCGAAAAAUUCAGGUCAUAUUUACUUGGUACCAAAGUGAUCAUUUACACUGAUCAUGCGGCUAUUAGGUUCCUGAUGACAAAGAAAGAGGCCAAACCACGGCUGAUUCGAUGGAUACUACUCCUGAGCGAGUUUGAUGUUGAGAUCAAGGACAAGAAAGGCAUGGAGAACUUGGUGGCCGAUCACUUGAGCCGUUUGGUCUUGGGUGAAGGAAACAAUCAUAUCAAAGAUGAUAUCCGAGGCGAAUUUCCCGAUGAGACCCUUUUCUCCCUUAAGGAAAUUCGUCCUUGGUACGCUCACAUUGUUAAUUUCCUUGUUCUAAACAGAUUUCCACCAAGCUUCUCUAAAGCUCAAAGAGAGAAACUCCAGCAUGAUGCAAAGCAAUACGUAUGGGAUGAACCAUAUUUAUGGAAACAUUGCAAAGAUCAGGUCAUUCGAAGGUGCAUUCCCGAAACAGAAAUUGCAUCCAUACUUGCUUUUUGUCACUCACAUGCAUGUGGUGGCCACUUUGGAGGAAAACGAACAUCCAUGAAGGUACUUGAAUGUGGUUUUGGUGGCCAAGCUUAUUCCGAGAUGCUCAUGUCUAUUGUCAAUCUUGUGAUAAUUGCCAACGCAUGGGCAACAUCUCUCGAAAGCACGAGAUGCCACAAGUUCCUAUGCUCUACGUGGAGAUCUUUGAUGUGUGGGGAAUAGAUUUCAUGGGACCUUUUCCUAAUUCCCAUGGAAAUCUAUACAUUCUAUUGGCGGUAGAUUACGUAUCCAAAUGGGUGGAAGCAAAAGCCACAAAGACCGAUGAUGCCAAAGCGGUGACUGAAUUCCUCAAAACCCGCAUCUUCUCAAGGUUUGGGGUACCACGCAUCUUGAUAAGCGACAGAGGCACUCACUUCUACAACAAAACUGUGAGUACCUUGUUAAAAAAAUAUGGCGUCACACAUAAACUCUCCACCGCCUACCACCCACAGACAAACGGUCAAGCUGAGGUAUCAAACAGAGAGCUGAAAUCUAUUCUUCAAAAGACAGUAAAUCCAAACCGUAAGGAUUGGAGCCUGCGCAUGGAUGAUGCCUUAUGGGCAUACAGGACCGCUUUCAAAACCCCAAUUGGAAUGUCACCCUAUAGACUCGUGUUCGGUAAGGCCUGUCAUCUUCCGGUCGAACUCGAACACAAGUCUUAUUGGGCGGUCAAAACAUUCAAUCUCGACAUGGCUAAAGCGGGAGAGCAAAGGAAGCUACAACUCCAAGAACUAGAAGAGCUUCGAUUGGAGUCCUAUGAGAAUGCCGCCAUCUACAAGGAAAAGACGAAGGUAUGGCAUGACAAGAUGAUAAUAAGAAAGGAUUUCCAAGUUGGAGACAAAGUCCUUCUUUUUCUCUCACGCCUUCGUCUUUUCCCCGGAAAAUUGAGAUCACGAUGGGAAGGACCAUUCGAGGUGGUCAAAGUCUACACCCAUGGCGCAGUGGAAAUAAAAAGCCUCGACACCGGAAAAAUCCUCAAGGUUAAUGGACAUCAACUCAAACCAUUCCUUGAAGGUUUCCAGAAAGAAAGCAUUGAAUGCAUGGAUCUCAUCGAUCCAAUCUUUGAAGAAUGAACACAACAAUGGCGUCGUGCCGCGACGUUAACUAAGGCGCUUCUUGGGAGGCAACCCAAGCAAGGUACAUUUUUCUUUUAUUGUUAACCCCCCUGUCAAUGUUUUCAAUUAUGUUUUUGAGAGGUUGAGAGAGAGGGCACUAAUCAGGUUUGUGGAGGAAAAAAGAUAAAAAUGCAGGUUUUGGAGCAUCUGGGGACAUACCCGAUCGAGUACAACCUUAUACUCGAUCGGGUAUGACCAAAAAGAAAAGGGACCGGGCAUUACUCGAUCGAGGAAGCACUCAAAAAUUGAAAAACAAGGAAUACCCGAUCGGGUAUCACUAUACACCCAGUCGGGUAUGUAUAGAAAUGCUAAAAUUGAAGGAGACUGACUCCCACACUCGACCGAGUACCUGCUUUAAAAGUAGAAAAAAAAGCACAUACCCGAUCGAGUAUGGAGGAAUACUCGACCAGGUACAGGAGGCAGGCUUCUCACAAAGUUCAUUUUCCAGACAUACUCGACCGGGUAACAACACACUACCCGAUCGAGUACAGGAGGCAGGCCGCUCAAAAACUAAACUUUCCAGCAAUACUCGACCGGGUAACAGUACAUACCCGAUCGAGUACGGGAGACAGAUUGCUCAAAAAGGCCACUUUCCAAACAUACCCGACCGAGUAUCAGCACAUACUCGAUCGGGUAUACGGGUAUUAUAACCCCAAAUCAGCCCCAAACACUUCAUCUUCCCCAAAAUCCCCAACCCCAAUUCGAAAAAAACACCCCCAACCUCCAUUUUUACACCUUCUCUCUACCAUAUCUCCCCCAUUUCUUCACCAAAUCAUUCCAUUUCAACACCAAAACACUCCCCUCAUCCUCCUCUACACACUCAUACUCACCAAUCCCAUUCUCCCCCAAAUUUCAGAGGUCCGAAAAACCCUACCCCCCACCUUCAAAUUUCGGAUUUCAAGGCCAAAUUCACUCCAAAAUGGCUCCAAGGAAAGAGAAAGGACAAAGCUCAAGCACUAGGGCAUCCAUCCCGGGCUACGAGGACAUCCUCUACAUGGACAACGAACACCGCACCCGCUUCGUGUCCACAAUUGAAAGGCAAGUUAAACCUUCUCGCUUUUUAUGUCAUGAUGCCCUAAAGGAAUUAGGAGUGUACAAAAUGAUGAAGAAAUUUUUUCAUGAGUUGAGCAUGGACAAAAUUUUCAAAAUGCAAUAUCACUCAAAUGAAAAAAUUAUCUAUGAAUUCCUAAGCUCUGUGCACUUUGAGAACAAUGAAGAGGAUUUUAGGGAUGAUAAACUCAGGUUUCGAUUGUUUAACCACAACCACACCACCACGAAACUUGAGUUCGCCAAACACUUUGGUAUUCCGGUCCCGUACCAAAAAUCUAUAUCCGACAAUACCGCCUUCGGCCAUACCCUAUGGACAAAGAUGACCGGGGAGACUAAAUUUAGCUCCUCCCAACUCUAUAUUAGUCAUGUCCAACAUCCCGUCCUCCGCCUAUUUUUGAAAUUCCUCGCCAACUCCUUACUUGGACGUCCCAACAACCAUCACACUAGGAUGGGUGAUGUGUGCCUGAUAUCGGUAGCCCUAUUCUGUAUCCACGUAGAUUUCAACCUAUGUAAUCUUAUGUGGGCACAUCUAAAAAAAGAAAGUGUGGCAAAGGGUGCUAUUGUAGUGGGCGGGGUGAUUAUGCACUUGGCCACAAAGUUCGGGUAUACGGAUAACUCUCCUAUACCCGACUACUGUUUGAUGAACAUUGCUUGGCUGGGCCACUCGGGCUGUACAUCUUUUUCACACACCGUUUAUGGUGACGCAGGGCCCAGAAAUAUGUACAACUGGCACAUCCACCCCAAACCCCUAAAAUACUUCCUCCUUCCCAACCCAGAACUCCCCCAACUCCACUACAAAACUGGAAGAGCGGAGCAACAUUACCUCUUCCCACACGCCCUUCCACCCCAUCUCCGGGAACCAGAACAAGAACCUCCCCAACACCAACCUGAUUACGAGCCCUAUGCUCAACUCCAUAGCCAUCACAACAUGGGCCAGGACCUCCCAGAACAGAGCCAAAACCCUCCACCACCCGACUUCUUUCAACAACUUCUGGAGGGUCAACAACAACUUCUUUCGAGAAUAGCCCAAAUGGACAACCGGCUCAACCGAUUAGAGGAGGAGCAAAGAGCCGGUUUUCAAAUAUUGGAGGAUGAGCAAAGAGCCGGCUUUCAACGAUUGGAGGAGCUCAGGGAGGCCGAUAGACAUCGGUAUGAGGAAGACCAACAUAGGUUCUACGGACCUAUGUACUCUUAUAUGGCACAGCAGGGAUCCUUCCAUACCAUGGCGAACCCCCUCCACCACCCUCGUGGUAUGACCCCACUCAUUGGGGUAACUUUGGAGGAUCUGGCUCCGGGGGUGGAGGAUAUGAUGGCGGAGAUGGCGGGGACACCUACAUGGGAGAUGGUGGCCAAGGGAGCGGCUUCGGAGGGAGCUACUACGGAGGAGAAGGCGGGCACUAGGGACAGUGCUUGAUUAAGUGUGGGGGAGACACUCAUGAUGGUAUGUAAUUUUCAUUUCUACCUAGCACUAUGCAUGUAAUUCUUUUGAACUUUUAAACAAAAAAAAAUAAAAAAAAAAUAAACAAAAGAAAAUAAAUGCUAGUUAGAUUGAAAACCCAACAAAAUGGGCAAUCUAAGCAAAAAAAAGGCUUAUAAAAAAAUGAGUGAGUUGGAGAGAAUGAAAAAUGAAAAGAGGUGCUAGGAUGAAAACCUGAAAAGGCUCCUAGGCAAAAUGAGAGAUAUGAGAGAAAUGUUUGUUCUUGCAGGCACCCAUUGUAUCCGUGUGAAGAAUAAGAAGAUUCAAGAUAAAGAAGAAGAGAGGAGGAGAAAAGAAGAUAACACUAGGAGGCCAUUAAACCCAAGAUGCUCUUUUGUAAUUUGAGUUUAAAACUCAUUUUUCUUUGUCAUCCUUGGUGGUCUUUGUGUUUGUAUUGUGUUUUUGUUGAACUGUGGAACUUUUGGACAAACAUUGACACUUGUAAACAUUUGAUCUUACUCGAGACAAGUAAAGGUUUAAUUGUGGGGGAGUUGAUACGUUCGUAAUUUCCAUAUUUAUGUUUAUGUUUUUAAUUAGUUUUGCUUGACUUUUACUUUGGAAAUUACACACUUUUGGUGUAAUAGAUUAGAUUGUUAAAUUCUUGUAAAUAGGUUAGAUUAGAUAUAUUCUGAGCUCAAGCAGGUUUUGGUCACUCGAAGUACAGUUGGUGAACCCAAAAAGUGAAAAGAAGGUGCAAAAGUUCAAAGACAAAAGAAGAUCCUGAAAUUUGGUCUAUACUCGGUCGAGUAUUAGCUAUACUCGAUCGGGUAUUAGGU